CGCUUGUUGUCCCUCUUCUUUCGCAGGAGCGUCUCCCUUCCGGACAGCGAGACACUAAUCCGUGUAUCUAUCUAUCUAUACUAUAAAGGAGGGUUUUGACACUUGGGUUGACUUGAAUUGAAUCAGAGCAAGAAAGACAGAAAUUCGUUACAAAAGAAAGAUGGAGGAGGAGGAGUACUAUGACCAGGACUACAACGAGGAAGAAGAGGAUGAAGACGAGGAGAUAACGCAGGAGGAUGCGUGGCCGGUGAUCAGUGCUUACUUCGAGGAGAAGGGUUUGGUGCGCCAGCAACUCGACUCAUUCGACGAGUUUAUACAGAACACUAUGCAAGAAAUCGUUGAUGAGGCCGCCGAUAUCGAGAUCCGACCCGAGUCCCAGCAUAAUCCGGGUCACCAGCCCGAAUUCGCCGAGACUAUUUACAAGAUUAGUUUUGGCCAGAUAUACCUCAGCAAACCAAUGAUGACAGAGUCAGACGGAGAAACUGCCACAUUGUUUCCUAGGGCUGCAAGAUUAAGGAAUUUGACAUAUUCAGCUCCUCUGUAUGUGGAUGUCACCAAGAGAGUCAUCAAGAAGGGUCAUGACGGUGAAGAAGUUACUGAGACUCAGGAUUUCACUAAAGUCUUCAUUGGAAAGGUUCCUAUAAUGCUUCGGUCGAGUUAUUGUACGCUAUAUCAAAAUUCCGAGAAGGAUUUGACAGAGCUGGGAGAGUGUCCAUAUGACCAGGGUGGUUAUUUCAUCAUCAAUGGAAGUGAAAAGGUGUUAAUCGCUCAGGAGAAGAUGAGCACCAAUCAUGUAUACGUAUUCAAAAAGAGGCAACCAAACAAAUAUGCUUAUGUGGCAGAGGUCCGGUCCAUGGCAGAGACCCAAAACAGACCCCCAAGCACAAUGUUUGUCCGGAUGCUUUCUCGGGCUAGUGCAAAAGGGGGUUCAUCAGGCCAAUACAUACGGGCCACCCUACCAUACAUCCGCACGGAGAUUCCCAUUAUUAUUGUUUUCCGAGCGUUAGGGUUUGUUGCUGACAAAGAUAUAUUAGAGCAUAUCUGCUACAAUUUCUCGGAUACUCAAAUGAUGGAGCUGUUGAGGCCCUCCUUAGAAGAAGCGUUUGUCAUCCAGAAUCAACAGGUAGCUCUGGACUACAUUGGAAAAAGAGGAGCCACUGUUGGUGUCACCAGGGAGAAAAGGAUCAAGUAUGCGAAAGAGAUUCUUCAAAAAGAAAUGCUUCCUCAUGUUGGUGUUGGUGAAUACUGUGAGACAAAGAAAGCCUAUUAUUUUGGGUAUAUCAUCCACCGGCUCCUGCUGUGUGCUCUUGGCCGAAGGGCAGAAGAUGAUAGAGAUCACUAUGGCAAUAAGAGACUGGAUCUUGCCGGUCCUCUGCUUGGUGGCCUAUUCCGUAUGCUAUUCAGAAAGUUGACCAGGGAUGUGAGGUCUUAUGUUCAGAAGUGUGUAGAUAAUGGAAAAGAUGUGAAUUUGCAAUUUGCAAUAAAAGCAAAAACCAUUACCAGUGGUCUAAAAUACUCGCUUGCUACUGGCAACUGGGGCCAAGCAAAUGCUGCGGGUACCAGAGCUGGGGUUUCGCAGGUGUUAAAUCGUUUGACUUAUGCCUCUACGCUGUCACAUUUGCGAAGACUCAAUUCUCCCAUUGGCCGUGAAGGGAAACUGGCUAAACCGAGGCAAUUGCACAAUUCACAGUGGGGAAUGAUGUGUCCUGCAGAAACACCUGAAGGACAAGCAUGUGGACUGGUGAAGAACCUUGCAUUGAUGGUGUAUAUAACAGUCGGCUCAGCAGCAUAUCCAAUUUUAGAAUUUUUAGAGGAAUGGGGUACCGAGAACUUUAAGGAAAUCUCCCCUGCUGUGAUUCCUCAAGCAACAAAGAUAUUUGUGAAUGGUUGUUGGGUUGGUAUUCAUCGUAACCCAGAUAUGUUGGUGUCAACUCUGAGACGUUUGAGGAGACGUGUUGAUGUCAAUACUGAGGUUGGGGUGGUUCGAGAUAUUCGUUUGAAAGAACUUCGAAUUUAUACUGAUUAUGGUCGCUGCAGUCGUCCGUUGUUUAUUGUGGAAAAGCAAAGACUGCUUAUCAAGAAGAAGGAUAUUCGAGCCUUGCAACAAAGAGAAUCUCCUGAGGAUGGUGGUUGGCAUGACCUUGUUGCAAAGGGAUUUAUAGAAUACAUUGAUACUGAAGAAGAAGAAACAACUAUGAUUUCCAUGACAAUAGGCGAUCUUGUAAAUGCGAGGUUAAAUCCAACUGAGGCUUAUUCUGAUACCUAUACUCACUGUGAGAUCCACCCAUCGUUGAUACUGGGUGUUUGUGCUUCAAUCAUUCCCUUCCCAGAUCACAACCAGUCCCCUCGUAAUACGUACCAGUCAGCUAUGGGUAAACAGGCCAUGGGUAUAUAUGUCACCAACUACCAAUUCCGAAUGGACACCUUGGCAUAUGUACUGUACUAUCCACAAAAGCCUCUUGUCACUACUCGAGCAAUGGAGCAUUUGCAUUUUAGGCAGCUACCUGCUGGCAUUAAUGCAAUUGUUGCCAUUGCCUGCUACUCUGGAUACAACCAAGAAGAUUCUGUCAUUAUGAAUCAGUCAUCAAUUGACCGUGGGUUUUUCCGCUCAUUAUUUUUCCGUUCAUAUAGAGAUGAGGAAAAGAAGAUGGGUACAUUGGUCAAGGAAGAUUUUGGACGCCCUGAUCGAGCCAACACCAUGGGUAUGCGCCAUGGUUCGUAUGAUAAAUUGGAUGAUGAUGGACUUGCUCCUCCAGGUACUAGAGUUUCUGGGGAAGAUGUGAUUAUUGGGAAAACCACUCCCAUUUCUCCUGACGACGCCCAGGGGCAAGCUGCUCGCUAUACAAAGCGAGAUCACAGCACAAGCUUACGUCACAGUGAAACUGGAAUUGUGGAUCAAGUCCUGCUGACCACAAAUGCUGAUGGGUUAAGAUUUGUAAAAGUGAGGGUGAGAUCAGUACGAAUACCUCAAAUUGGAGACAAAUUCAGUAGUAGGCAUGGUCAGAAGGGAACAGUGGGCAUGACGUACACACAAGAAGAUAUGCCAUGGACAUUGGAAGGCAUCACUCCUGAUAUCAUUGUAAAUCCCCAUGCUAUUCCUUCCCGUAUGACUAUUGGUCAGCUUAUUGAGUGUGUCAUGGGAAAAGUUGCGGCACACAUGGGAAAGGAAGGUGAUGCUACUCCCUUCACUGAUGUCACUGUGGAUAACAUCAGCAAAGCUCUUCAUAAAUGUGGCUACCAGAUGCGUGGUUUUGAGACAAUGUAUAAUGGUCAUACUGGCAGGAGGCUUUCAGCUAUGAUAUUCCUUGGGCCAACCUACUAUCAGAGGCUGAAGCACAUGGUGGAUGACAAAAUUCACUCUCGUGGUAGGGGUCCUGUUCAGAUCCUCACUAGACAACCUGCGGAAGGACGGUCUCGUGAUGGUGGUCUCCGAUUUGGUGAAAUGGAACGAGAUUGCAUGAUUGCACAUGGCGCUGCUCACUUUUUAAAGGAAAGGUUGUUUGACCAAAGUGAUGCUUACAGGAUCCAUGUCUGUGAACAGUGUGGAUUGAUAGCUAUUGCCAACCUCAAAAAGAACUCAUUUGAGUGCAGAGGCUGCAAGAACAAAACUGACAUAGUCCAGGUUCACAUUCCAUAUGCCUGCAAGCUGCUUUUCCAAGAACUAAUGGCUAUGGCUAUAGCUCCAAGAAUGCUCACAAAGGAUAUUAAACAAUCCAAAGAGCUGAAGAAGAAAGGAGCUUGAUGUUCUGUGCUUGGAGCAAUUAUUUUUCGUGGCAACGACCCGGAGAUGCCAGUUUCUUUGCCUUUGGCAGCCUUAUAAUAUAUAUGGAUGUGAGUUCCAUUGACAGGGGAGUGAACUGGUUUACUUAACUAAAUGUCCCUCAAAUUAGAGAGCGACUGGAUAGAGAGGGUGUUUGGUUCAAUGCAAAGCUUUGGCGUGGGAGUUUGAACUAAAUAUAUUUAUUGACUGAAACUCAUGCUCCGAGUGCUUGUAUGCCCUUAUAUGUACUCAAGAUGUUUAGAAUGACUUUUAAAUUUAUAUAGCAAAGUGCUUGAGAUUCAGAGUAGAAGAAUUCGGAAUCCAUGGCGCCAUGCUGAUUUUGCAAAAUAUUACCAACUUACGUCAAAGCGCUGUUGAUGUCAUUUGACAUUCAAGUUGCA